ACCGCAUGCAUUGAGCAACUCUGAGCAGAGUUUACUGAAUUGGCUGACUUUAGUGAAUUUUAAUGCUCACGAGAUUGUAUUGUACUUCAGUGUUUCGAUUUUGAAAAUCAGUCUUCUCUUAUUACAAACUGAAUACGCGAUCAUUAUUAGUCGCGGUAUAAACGUCGAAGAGAUCGGACUCAAAUUCACUACUACAUACAUAUAUGAAUAUAUACAGAGGCUCAUAUGAAAACAGAAAAAAAAAAUAAUUAUAAUAUCAGUGGCGCGCUAAACUUGAGAUACGUUAAAUAAAUAUUUGUUAAUGUUGCACAUUUUGACCAUAUUUUUAUUUAAUUCAAAGUGUCGAAGGCUGAGAAUUUUCUUGAGUGUACAAAACAUAAAAAUCAAUAAUUAAAUAAAAGAAACAAGAAAAUUCCAUUUAUAACAUUUAUUAAUUUCGGCUUAACUCUACUGCAGCAAACACAUUCGCAAGCUGUUUUUUUUCUUUAAAUCUUUGAAUAAUUGCGUAAGAGACAAUGAGUACAAAAAUGCGAAAUCCAAGCUGCGACCACAGUAUACCCCGGUACACAAAAUCUGUAUUAUUUGUGAUAUUAAUAGCAGCUUUUCUCACACAAGCAGUCGCCGAGGAAGGAACCACUACAGCCGGCAGUAGCACCGGAUUAACUGUCUCUACGCAUGAUCUCGUAAUCCUUGUGGAGAAAACGAAAUCAUUUGAUGUUUUAGUGUACGAUCCUCUACCCAGCGACGUUUUCGUCCAAUUAAAAAAACAGCAUGAAGCUCUAGUCGAAUUAGAACCGAAUUACUUUUCAAUCAGUGCAUCGAAUCCAAAAAAUAUAACUGUUGACGUACUCGGUGUUCGACCGGGUCAUUUAGAGAUUACAGCGGAGAGUGUGCCCAAUGAUGCAUGGAUUGUUGAGGAUUUAUUUGUGCGCAUUACCGUUGCAAAUUCAGAGGCUGUGAUUUACACAUCAAUCGUAUUUGGUUGGAUUUACUUUGUGGCAUGGUCUAUAUCAUUUUAUCCACAAAUAUAUAUUAAUUUUAAGCGAAAAUCCGUUGUGGGCCUCAAUUUUGACUUUCUCGCUCUCAACAUAGUCGGUUUUACGCUGUACAGUGUUUUUAAUUGUGGUCUCUACUGGAAUUCUAAUAUACAAGCUGAAUAUGCCAGCCGGCAUCCGCGUGGUCUAAAUCCGGUCUUAUUGAAUGAUGUUGUAUUUGGCUUGCAUGCCAUGUUUGCCACAAUCAUAACAAUUAUCCAGUGUUUCAUUUAUGAGCGCUCCGAUCAAAGGGUCUCAAAAACCGCAUCAUGUAUUUUGGGUGGCAUUGCUAUAAUUGUUUUGGUCACAUUAAUUCUUGCUGCAGUUGGUGUUUCGCAAUGGCUGGAUUUUCUAUAUUACUGUAGUUACAUCAAAUUAGCAAUGAUUAUAAAAUAUAUACCGCAAGUUCUAAUGAACUAUCGCCGCAAGAGCACUAUCGGUUGGAGUAUUGGUAAUAUUCUAUUGGACUUUACUGGGGGCACACUGAGUAUGUUGCAGAUGAUUUUGAAUGCUUACAAUUACGAUGAUUGGGUAUCAAUUUUUGGUUCUUUUACGAAAUUCGGCAUGGGGCUAUUCUCGGUCAUAUUCGAUAUUGUGUUUAUUGUGCAACACUAUAUACUUUACAGGCCCACCCAUCAGCUUUCUGUAUCCACGAUUACAAAUGCCACAGAAGUGGCGGCUAAUACCAAAGAUGAUGAGCAACGCUAUUAGCUUUAUGUAAUUUCUAUGUAACUUUGGUAUAAAUUAUACACGCAUUAACUGUUUACGAUUUAUUUAUUUCUAUUUUAUUUUAGUUUAUUUUAUUUUUUGGUAUUUAUAAAUCACCCAUACUUGUACGUCUGUAUGUGUUUUUUAGAUAAAUUUAUUGUACUUAAAAUGUAUACACACAUAUGUAAGUAUGUACAUACAUACUAUUUACUAUUUUUAAAAAUUGUCUAAAUCUUUUUGUUCAGAUAUAUACAUUCAUGCAUAUGUAUAUAAAGCUGUGUAUGUUUAAGCCAUUAUUAAAGUGUAAAUAUGUAUGUAUUUUCUAUACAAAAUAAAAGUAUUUUGUUUUUAAGCUUAAUGCUCAUAAUCAAAAUAUCUUCGUUUUUAUAAAAACAACACCAAAAAUUUAAUUUAUAUUUUUAUAUUUUAAUUUUUAUUGUAAAUGUAUGUAUAUAUAUAAUGUGCGAGGGUCGAAUCCCAAAAAUAUUUUAAGUAUGAUUUCACAUGACCUUGUUGUCUUUCAUUUGUCUUCAUGUCAUAUAAAACUGACCACUCAUCUUCUAUAUUCAGUUUUAGGAAUAAAUAGAAAUCAAUACGAGCUAAUGUUGGAUAUUUGAGUAAACAGCCACAAACUGAAGCAAAAGAUGGAAAAGAAAUAAAAGUUUUUCCACUAUACAAUGGAAUGUAUUAAGACAUCUUGACAUUAUUGUAUUUGAAUAAAAAACAAAUUUUUGAAAUGCAUAACCAGAUAUUUUAUUAUUUUAAUUUUCGAACUAAUCACAAAGUUGUAUAAGAGCAUUCAAUUUAAAUUAAAUAAAUUAGAACUGUUAUUAUACAUAUAAAUGCUAUACACAUACAUAUGUAAAUAUUUAUAAUCAGUAAUCAGUCAUUAUAACAUUUAAAUAAUUGUAAUACAUAUUUUUAAUACAAUCGCCUUAGUCUACGCCCUCAACAACUGGUCCGUCGUAUUCAUUUCAGGAUUGAUGGCCGCAACUACUUAGCUGUGGACCGGCGCCUUCCACUUUCUGACUCAUAUUGGUCCUGAUUUAUAUUCGUACUACGUAAGCUUAAUGCAAGUGUACACACACCAAAACCAAAUUUGCUUUAAGAGCAUAUACAUAUGUAUCUAAUU